CCGACGCCGUUGAGCCGCUCUGCCUCUCCAGCAAUGUAGCUCCGGGAAGCCCUCCUGCCAGCGCAUUGUUGAUACCAUAUCAUGUAACCUUAUGGACAUUUAUUCAUCUCUUCGCUUGGUGGCCGGAGGCCCGCGGGCUGGGACACAUGUGGACUGUCCGUGUCGCUGUCAACGUUGUUAUCACCUGGGAUGAAAUGGUCGCGUUUCUAGCACUGAAUCUCAUUUUCACGUCCAGGUCCAGGCUCCGUCAUUAAACUUUCAAAAUGAGGAUCUUCAUGUCUCUGCUGAAGAACGCCAACCCCAAAAUCGAGUACUACUCCCGGUUUUCGCCGUCCCCGCUCUCCAUCAAGCAGUUUUUGGAUUUCGGCAGGGACAAUGCUUGUGAGAAAACAUCCUAUAUGUUCCUGCGUAAGGAGCUGCCGGUGCGCCUGGCCAACACCAUGAGGGAGGUCAAUCUCCUACCUGAUAACCUGCUCAGCCAACCCUCCGUCAGACUGGUGCAGAAAUGGUAUAUGCAGAGCUUUGUGGAGCUGCUUGAUUAUGAGAACAGAAAGCCAGAGGACCGUCACGUACUCAAUGAUUUCCUGGAGCUCUUGAUUGAGAUCCGUAACCGUCACAACGACGUGGUUCCCACCAUGGCCCAGGGAGUCAUAGAGUACAAGGAGAAGUUUGGCUUUGACCCCUUUAUCAGCAGCAACAUCCAGUAUUUCCUCGACCGCUUCUACACCAACCGCAUCUCUUUCCGGAUGCUUAUCAACCAGCACACUCUCCUGUUUGGUAACGACAUCAACCCGGCCCAUCCAAAACACAUAGGCAGUAUUGAUCCCACCUGCAGUGUGGCUGAAGUCGUCAGUGAUGCCUAUGACACGGCCAAAAUGCUGUGUGAGAAGUACUACUUGGCUGCUCCUGAGCUCAAGAUUGAAGAGUUCAACAUGAAGGCCCCUAAAAAGCCCAUCCAGGCGGUGUAUGUGCCCUCUCAUCUGUUCCACAUGCUGUUUGAGCUCUUCAAAAACUCAAUGAGAGCCACAGUGGAGCUACAUGAGAACAGUACAGAGGAAUUACCACCAGUAAAGGCUAAGGUCACUCUAGGUAAAGAGGAUCUAUCCAUAAAGAUCAGUGACAGAGGAGGAGGAGUCCCUUUGAGGAAGAUAGACCGUCUGUUUAACUACAUGUACUCCACUGCACCUACACCAAGCCUAGAGCCAGGAGCUGUCCCACUGGCUGGUUUUGGCUAUGGUUUGCCGAUUUCUAGGCUCUAUGCCCGAUACUUCCAGGGGGAUCUGAAACUCUACUCCAUGGAGGGCGUGGGCACCGAUGCAGUCAUCUAUCUGAAGGCCCUGUCCAGUGAGUCCUUCGAGCGCCUGCCUGUCUUCAACAAGUCAGCGUGGCGGCAUUACAAGACUACCCCAGAAGCAGACGACUGGAGCAACCCCAGCAAAGAGCCACGUGAUGCCAGCAAGUCCAAUUACAAAGCCAACAGAUAACUCUGCUUGACCCGCUAGCACGGCCCUCUGCCGGGAGCUGAAAUGCCCGCACAGCAUGAAACAUGAAAUGUUACCCUCGGGUAAACGCUUGGUUUAGGAUCAGACUUGCUUUUACAUUCCAGUGGUUAAAGGUUUGGAGAAGAUGAAUGACCUUGACUUAAAUCUGCACCCAGUGGCAAUGACAUUCAUCAGCGUAGCUUUCAUUGCCGUGGCUGUCCGAGUUUAAAAUGAACCAAAUUCUAGAUCCCCACUGUCAUUUAGUCAAAAGCUGACUUCAUUUUCUCCUCCAUCUGGCCAUUACGUUCAGCUAAAUGUCACUGCUCUCUGUGAACUCUGCCCCUGUCUCAUGCAGUUUGAGGCUGGCUCGACUUUGCUGACUAGGCCACCACUCCCUGUGGCUGAAUAAGCUGUGCACUGCAGAUUGAGUGUCUUUCUCAUCAUCAGUGAAGGCUUGUAUUCCGUUUCUCUCUCUUUCUCAAACACAAGCGGGAGUCGGUGAUGGAGGGGAGAGUUGAGUUUCAGUGUAAAUGGGAUGAGAUAGAGAUUUCCUUCCUUUGGGAGACACUUUUAACUGAACGCACAAUUAGGCCAGUGUGCCAUUGGCAUAGUAAAGACUUUUUUUUGUUGCACUCUAUUUAAGCCUGGGAAAAUGAAAGAGAGGAUUGCCUGUAGAUGAAAGAAAAUGAUAACUCCAUUGUAAAAAUUGUAGGAGUACAUCCUAUUUUUAAGAGAAGUCAGGAUUUUUAUUUUAUGUC